AUGUUAACCUGGAGCACUUCAACCACUUCUUUAAAUCCCAAUAACCGUCAAAAUAUUAAACAAGAAUCCAAAUUGGGAGAGCAAUUUCUGAAAAAAUGGGAUGAUGCUGUUUUUGAUGGAAAAGCGACUGGAGAUCCCGAACUGGACCGUGAAGCUGCUCUCUGGAGAGAUAAAUUCCCACAUCUUCGUGUUAUGGGUACAAGUUUUGGGAGAGAUCAUAAAGUGAUGCAUCCUCUCCCAGUGACUCCAAACGACUAUAAAACUACCAUGAGCCAAUCUAAAAGUGCAGAUACGAAUCUUCAGAAGACGUUAAGACCCCUCUCUUCCCCAUAA